AUGGCAUUAUUACCGUUGCAUUUAUUAGGUACACCAUUUUAUAAUUCCUAUCUUCGAUUAUGUGGUGCCAAAAUAGGAUGUCAUACACAUAUAUACACUACAUUGAUUGAUGCUCCUUGGUUGCUUCAAGUGGAAGAAUCAUCAUUUAUUGGUGAAGAAGUUGUACUUUCAAGUUUAUCAUAUCAGGAUCAAACCUAUCAACUUCAUCGAAUUCGUAUUGGAUCACACUGUUCAAUCAAUACACAUAGUGUACUCUAUGAAGAUGUAAUAAUAGAAGAUCAUGUUUAUGUAAAACCAAUGUCUGCUAUCACAGGAGUCAUUACAACAUCAAAAGACAAAACAUUUAUCAAAGAUCGAUCAUUAUCAUUGAUUCACACUAUGUAUCAAUCCACUUGUCUACUAUGUCUUCUCUUUAUUCAUGGAAUAAUUCUUCUCUUAGUUUAUGGUGUCUAUUCUUGUUGUUCAACAUUGUUAUUACCAUUACCUAUCAGUCUUGCUUUAGCAUGGUUGAUCUGGACACUGACAAGCUUUUGUAUUGCCUUAGCUUUAUUGAAGUUUGUUGUAGGACGUGCUACAUCAGGAUACUAUUCAAUCAAUUCUUACGGUUACUUGCACAAAUUAUGGUUACGUCAAUUGAUUAUAACAUCAUUUCAUCAAGCAUUAGAUUUUUUACCAUCAUACGAUGUUAUUUCAUCCUACAUUUUACGAUGGUUAGGUGCUCAUAUCGAAGGCAAUGUCAAAUUCGCUGAAUUUCAACAAAUAUUACGUUUUCCAUCAAAUCUUCUCAACAUCGAAGGUAAUGUGACGACAUUUGGUGGAGCUAAUCUUGCUUCAUUCAAAAUGACGAAACAAGGGCUUUGUUUCCUUGAUGAAAUACAUCUAGGCUCGAAUGCAAAUCUUGGCAAUUGGUGUACCAUUAUGCCAGCUACAAGACUUCCUCCUAAAGUAAUCGUUGGAAGCCUUACAUUGAUUACACAAAAAACAUUUAGUGCCGAAGGUAAUUGUGUAUUACUCGGUAUUCCAGCUCGUGAUAUGCCAUUUGUAAUGCCUGAUGAUACAUCUAUUGCUCAUACAUUCGAACAGCGUAUAUUGAAACUAGCACCAAUUACUAUAGACGAUUCUACUGUGCUGAUGAGUAAUACGUUAAUACUUCCUGGAGCAACACUCCAAGGACAAAAUCGCAUCUUGCCAUGGACACUUGUGAUGAAGAAUGAUCAACUGCCACCUAAUACAAAUUGGUCUGGUGUACCUGCUAAACAAGUUAUAUAA